UGCCGCGCCGGCUCCAGCUCAUCCUGUUGGAAAGCUCGCCGUCUCCCCCAUCCCACCCCACCCACCCCAGCACGUCGGGAGGGCAAGACCGAUAGAGACUAGUGGGGUGGUCUUCCCCCUCCUCCCCCCAUGCUAAAAGUUGCAUUAGCGCGCUGAUAACCCACAGACAGCGGCUGGUUUACGUACCACGCUUCGCUUCGCUCCCGACCUAAGCUCCGGCCGACGAUGCAGCGGUGGCUCCCGGCGAUCCUCCGCCGCGCGGCCCCCGCCGUCUCCGGCGGCGGCGGCGGGGCGGCGCGGCUCUUCUCCUCGUCCUCCCUCCUCUUCGACGAGACGCAGGAGCAGUUCAAGGAGAGCGUGCACAAGUUCGCGCAGGAGGCCAUCGCGCCUCACGCCGCGGCGAUCGACGCCUCCAACCAUUUCCCCAAGGGCGUGGACCUGUGGAAGCUCAUGGGGGACUUCAACCUCCACGGCCUCACCGCGCCAGAGGAGUACGGCGGGAUGGGGCUGGGGUACAUGUACCACUGCAUCGCCAUGGAGGAGAUCAGCAGGGCCUCCGGCUCCGUCGGCCUCUCCUACGGCGCGCAUUCCAAUCUCUGCAUCAACCAGCUGGUCCGUCAUGGCAACCCUGCGCAAAAGCAGAAGUACCUACCCAAGCUGAUCAGUGGCGAGCAUGUCGGGGCGUUAGCGAUGAGUGAACCUAACUCGGGCUCCGAUGUGGUCAGUAUGAAAUGCAAAGCUGAGAAAGUGGACGGUGGUUAUGUCAUCAAUGGGAAUAAGAUGUGGUGCACGAAUGGGCCUUCUGCUCAGACACUGGUUGUUUAUGCAAAAACAGAUUUAUCUGCAGGAUCAAAAGGAAUAACCGCAUUCAUAAUUGAGAAAGGGAUGCCUGGGUUCAGUACUGCUCAGAAGUUGGACAAACUUGGCAUGCGAGGAAGCGAUACGUGUGAGCUUGUUUUUGAGAACUGCUUUGUGCCACACGAAAAUGUUCUUGGUGAAGAAGGCAAAGGUGUUUAUGUCAUGAUGUCAGGGCUUGAUCUGGAAAGGCUUGUAUUAGCUGCAGGUCCCAUUGGCCUCAUGCAGGCAUGCCUUGAUGCCGUACUUCCAUAUGUUCGCCAGAGGGAGCAAUUUGGCCGUCCAAUUGGUGAAUUUCAGUUCAUACAGGGUAAAAUGGCUGAUAUGUACACCUCCCUGCAAUCAUCAAGAUCAUUUGUAUACUCAGUUGCUAGGGACUGUGAUAAUGGCAAAGUUGACCGCAAGGAUUGUGCAGGAGUAAUUCUCUUUGCUGCUGAAAGGGCAACCCAAGUUGCACUUCAGGCAAUCCAGUGUCUUGGUGGCAAUGGGUACAUAAAUGAGUACCCAACUGGCCGUCUCCUGAGAGAUGCAAAACUGUUUGAGAUUGGUGCUGGUACUAGUGAGAUAAGAAGAAUGAUAAUUGGCCGUGAGCUCUUCAAAGAGGACUGAAAUUGUUAUUUUGCAAGCCAGAUAUCAAUGUUCAUUAUGAACUGGAGGAGGUGAGCGGGAUUUAGAUAUUUAGCAACCCAUGCGGUUCAAAAAGUUGAUUCUGUUAUAUCCUAGCAGUCUCAUGCUUUUGUAUAACUCCAAUAUUCAUCAAAUAAAGUUCACUUCCUUGUACU